UAAACAGCGAGCGACGAGCGAGGUUUGUCCGUUGGUCCGAAGUGUCCGUUUUGAGCGUGUCUUCUUCCACUCUUCUCCGGUGUGAUCAUACAGAGUUCACAGUUCCGUCGUUCCGUGCCAGUUCCGCCACCUAGCCAAUCAGAUAUCGUUUGUUUGAAUCCUGUUUCGAAGAUAACGUCAAUUCACCGGAACCUGAACACCAGCAGUCUCUAUCGGAAGCGAUAACCGUCCGCGCCGUGAGACCAGAACCGGUGGGCGCGCGAGAUUGGGGCAGUUGCGUACGAUUCGCUCACCACAACGGUUGGCGCGACUUCAUAGAGAGAGAAAGGAAGAGAGAGAGAGCUGUGGCCAGAGUUUCCUGUGCCUGCUGAUAAGUGUCCUCUGUGUGCGCGUGUGUGUGCUUGUGCAGAAGUGAAAACAUAAACCCUCGGGGGAAUGUCUUCUAAGAGCAAUGGAGCCGCGGCCUCGGCGGCGGCCAACGGUGCAGCAUCGCCCACCAAGUAUGAGGCGCGGCUGUGCCACGUGGUGAAGCGGGCCGAUUUCGACGGGUACGGGUUCAACCUGCACGCCGAAAAGGGGCGCCCGGGUCAGUACAUCGGCAAGGUGGACGACGGGUCGCCGGCCGAAGCGGCCGGUCUGCGCCAGGGCGACCGGAUCAUCGAGGUGAACAGCCACAACAUCACGACCGAAACGCACAAGAAGGUGGUCGAGCUGAUCAAGGCGGUCCCGAACGAGACGAAGCUGAUGGUCAUCGACCCGCGGGCCGACGCGAACGACAUCAAGACAGCCCUGGCCCGGGCGGCGACGGCACCCACCACCACCGGAAAUGCACCGGCCACCAACAACAAUAACAACAACACAAUCGCCACGAACGGAACUAGCAACGGGCAUCACGAGAACGGCCAUCACGUGGUGGCGAAGGAGAACGGCAGUCAGAAGAAAGCCGUGGUUGCGGCGGUGGACACUAAGGUGGAGGUAGAGGGAAAGACAGGAGUCAAAAGCAAUGGCGUCACCAAUAACAACAACAACAACAACAACGGAAGUGUGACGGAUUUGGCGACGAUGGAGAAGAUUAUCGACGACACGAAAAAGUCCCUCACCGUGACCGAUGGGGCUGCCGCGGGGAAGAUGGCCCUCAAUGGGCAGCCGGGUGGUGUGCCAGCCCCAGCGACACCGGCGACACCGGUGACCGUCGCCGCCGCCGUGCCAGCCACCGAGGGCAAGAAACUGAACCUGACGAUGACGGCCGCCGAAAUGAGGGCCCAGCUGGCGGCUCGCAAGAAGUACGAUCCGAAGAACGAGGUGUGCGAUCUGCGCAAGAAGUACGAAAUCAUACAGAAGAUGUAAGCGAUGAGAUGGGCAGCGAUGUUGUCCCCGAUAGGUCCCCGAUAGAGUCCCCUUGUAGCCCCUCCCGAAUCCCCCCGCCAUUGCCAUUUGCGGGCUAAACGAUUUGCCAGCCGGAAGGUGUUUGUAUGCGUCGUCGCGUGGGAAGGAUUCUUUUACAGGACAGAGGACGGAGAGCGUCCUCUCUGUUGAAGUGGAAGAGUAUCAAAGCUAAGUAGAUAGUGAAAGUAGUGCAAGAUAAGGUUCACGGGCCGGAAGUCGCGACGCAGCCCGGGAGACAGCGUACAGUGUGUCUCCCGAUGGCUAAAGAUCUUAAAUCUAAGCCCCCCACGGGGAAGGGUGCGCUUACAUUGUUGGACGAGCACCUCACGACCGUCAGUCUCGCCCGUUGGUGGCCACGUCAUACGAACGGUUGACAAAACACUUUGUCCGGACAACAAGAGCACAAAUAGCUACAGUAAACCAAUAUGACCUACGAUACGAAUCCCUUUGCGCGCGCCACCACCCUUCGGAGGGCUGGACAAUAAAAUGGAAACCCUUUUGGCCGUACAAGCACCCAUGCUCUAAGGUCACCACUAAUCGAAGGACGGUCCGGGUCUGUCCGUGUUUUGGGUUUCAUCACGUUGAAGCUCUUAUCUGGGUGGAAAGAGGGCCCCUCUAAUUCUCUGAGCGACCGUCAACGCCAUUAGACGGUGAUUUACUGUAAACUCGGCUCCAAUUGACACCUUGUUUCCACAAUCAAUGCCACCACCAAGACCACGGUAUGUAUCCUCCUGAUCGUCGUCACCACCGUGAUUAGGGCAGCGCCACCUUUCUGCGUCAUCUUUACUGCGCGGUCGGAACGACGGAAUCGACCGCUUAUCUUGAGGGAGGUCGCGCGCCACAAUAUGGCCGGGGCCGUGUGUCAUCCAUUAGUAGCACCCGAGGAUCGGUAUGCGAUUUGAUCGAUAGAGAUAAAGCUUCGGCAAGCUGCGAAAGGUGUGCGUCCGUGUUGGCUAGCGAUACGCCAAUCAAUGGCUUUUUUCGGCCCAAAAGUAAGGAACCGUAGUGUGGUGAAAUCUGUUGGAAACAUUAAUGUAAAAAAGAUCAUGCAUACCGUUUCUUUAUCCACCUUAUCUACCGUAGGGACAACUGUUAGGGAGUUGCUAUGAGAAUUUUCAUCCGGUCCGUCUGAUUGCAUCAACAAGGAUGCAAAAGAUUAAGUUGGUCAGCCACCACACAUCACACUAGUAGUAGUUUGUACAGAGCACAGUUUGAGAAAGUGGUAGAGACCGCUCGGUUGGCAACACUAAAAAGAAUAGUGGAACUAAAAGACAGCAAACCCGAAGUAAGACGACCGAUAAUUAUAUCUGUGAGUGCCAACAAUAAUAUUCCGUUUACUGUGACUCCUCGCCCAAAACAUUCAAAAUUCGCGCUCUGCGCGCCUUUCGUCGUUACAGCGUUGUGAGAAUGAUGAUUCAUAUUUUUAUCACUAGUUGGUAGUAUCAUUAUUGCUAUUAAAACUAUCUAUUAUCUACUAGACGGUAGACGGCGUCCCGCGGAGACGGACUGCCUGCCAGAGAGACAGUAGAGUGCGGCACAUGCCAUGGGGCGGGCAAGGCUGGUUUUGGUAUCAGUUCGUGGAUUCAGUUCCCAUCUGUAGACGAACUGCACGCGUAUCACAGUGCUAGAGAAACAUACCCCACACGAGACGCACGCUCCAGAGAGUUUAGGAGCGAGAAUUGGGCACGGUUAGGUAACGAUGUGACGAUGAAACGGAAGUAAUUGACGAAGGCGUGAUGUGCGUGAGGACGUUUGCACCCGAAGCAAAACUGUAAUAAGUAGAAUAAAAUAUUUAUAAUG